AUGGCUGCCCCCCUAGACAUAAUUAAGGCCCCACGAAAAUCGAAAGCCUUGAGAACAAAAAUUAGUUGCUCGGGCUCCAGUCGGAACUCGCCUCCACACCCUUUGGAGUCAUCAAUCACCGAAGAUGCUCUCUCAGACUCGGAACCUGAAAGUCUAUUGGAUUCUUCAUAUAACGAAUCAAUCUUAUCCACCGUCACGAGCGACACUUCAUGCGCUUGUUCAACCACGACCAGCUGUUGUUCAUGGAGUCCUACAAACCUACGCUCGGUUUCGCUUCUGCCUGUGGUUCUGACUUCAUGUGUGGCAGCAUAUACGCCGCGCGUUGUUCCCAAAAGCCGGGUUUCCAGCAGCAAGCUCACAGAGCUUCUUCGGAAAGCAGAGCCCUUGGAGUCAAGGAAAGUGGGCCCCGCAGCAAAGUCUGCAUUAUCGUACCAAAUCCCCAAGGUGUCCUCGUUGAGUCCUUGGCAGGCUUUCCUGGCACUUUUCAUUAACUAUUCUAUGCGUUCAGAGAGCCAGAAAGAUAGCGGGGAAAGGUUUCCGGAGGGAACCUCGCAUGGAAUCUGCCUAGACUCCCGACAAGGGAAAGGCAUAGGCAGUACUAAAGCAGAUCGAGAGCUCGAAACAUUUGUUGAAUCUGCAUCUGAGCCUUGCGAGCCUGUUAUGUAUAAGAGCAAAGCACGCAACCGCGAGUACAGGGUGAACAGCGAGUUUCUCAAGCGCUACGCCAUGGAUUGCAACGCAAGGCUUAAAGGGGUGUUGCCCAUUUUCCCGGAAGAUGUGGCAUUGCUAUCAUGCCGCCCCUCGCUACGCAAAUUCGAUAGGGAGCACGGGCUCAACAGAGUGUCCGAAAUGUCCCGCGAUAAGUUGUGGAACUCGGUGGUUCUACCUCCGCGCAAAGACUCCUGUCCCCGCAGUGUCAUUGAUUUCGAAAACUACUUGCAUUCUCGCGACGGAGCGAGGACUGCGUCCAUCGUUUCGAAAUACAGCAGCAGAUUGCCGUGGGCAACACAUCACAGUUCGAUCAAGCCUGCGGGUAGACUUCGAACGUCCGCCUGUGUGAAGAGCAAAACAUCGCCCACGUUGGGCCAUAGCAUUCCGCAAUACACAGUGAAAGGAUGGCAAAACGAGCGAUGGGUGCCAUUUUAA